UCGAGAUUAUUUGAAUCGUCGGUCUGUCUUAGGUUUGACUCUUUUGUGUACCAGAAUGGAACGUUUACGAACUUUACAAAAUGAUCUGAGUAGAGUUAAAAAUGAAAAAUCCUUAAUCGUAGAAGAAAUUGGUCGCUUACAACAACAGCGACGAAAAUUGUCAGAAAAAAUUGACGAAAUUAAAUUGGAAAUUGAAACCAUACAAAGUCAAACGAAUCAUCGAGACAUUCGUGAAAAAUUUUCCAACGAAACAUAUGAAUGGUCUCAGAAGGCUCAAUCGUUAUUAGAAUCGGUAUUUGGUUUGAAAGAAUUUCGUUCCCACCAAUUAGCCGCUAUAAAUGCAGUAUUAUCCGGCUUGGAUGUCUUGUUAAUAAUGCCAACCGGUGGUGGUAAAUCGCUUUGUUUUCAAAUAGCCGCUUUGAUUACCGGUGGCCUCACCGUUGUCGUUUCACCAUUGAUAUCGUUGAUAGAAGAUCAAUUAAGCUCACUGAAAGCAUUGAAUAUACCGGCCAAGAUAUUGAACAAGGAUUACAAAGAAGAAUCGAAUCAGAUUUUAAAAAGUUUGGAACAACCGUCCAUAUCAUUUCGAAUAUUGUAUGUAACACCGGAAAAAUUGAAACAUAAUACUAUGCUUAUGAAACAAUUGGAUAAGUGCUAUCGAAACGAUAAUCUUAAACUCAUAGUUAUCGAUGAAGUUCAUUGUUGUUCAACUUGGGGUCACAAUUUUCGCCGCGAUUAUCAAUUCUUGAACAAUGUACAUCGUCAAUUUUCAAAAACACCGAUUCUCGGACUCACAGCUACGGCAACUACUAAAACUAUUAGUGAUGUGAUUAAUAUUCUAGAAAUACCUGGUUGUUGUAUAUUCAAAGAUUCAUUUUAUCGUUCCAAUCUUAAUUACUCAAUAGAAUGGCACGAUGAUCCGGAAUUUAAGAAGCUAGCUCACUUAUUGAAUACAAAAUAUUCUGGCCAAAGUGGUUUGAUAUAUUGUCUGAAAACACAUGAUGUCGAUACUGUUGUCAAACAACUUUGUUUGAAAGGAAUUAAAGCUUCAAGAUAUUAUGCAGAUUUGCCAAUCGAAACGAAAAAUCAAACCUAUGAAAAAUGGUUUAAUGGCCAUUUGCAGGUGAUUGUCGCCACGAUUGCAUUCGGUAUGGGCAUCAAUAAGAAUAAUGUUCGAUUUGUAAUCCACUAUCAAAUACCAAAAUCACUGGAAAAUUAUUAUCAAGAAACUGGUCGUGCAGGACGUGAUGGUCGGCCAGCUGAUUGUAUAUUAUUCAUGAGAUAUAUCGAUGUAUUCAAUACGUUGUCAAUUGUUAGCGAUGAAUAUCAUGGAAUGGAUAAUGUUCUAAAAAUGUUAUCAUAUUGCCUGAAUGGUCAGGAAUGUCGAAAGAAAUUAUUGGCACAUCAUUUCAAUGAUGAAUGGUGUCAUGAAUGCCAAAAUCGAUGUGAUAAUUGUAAAAACAAAUCUACUACUACUGAUAAUAUACAACAAAAAGAUCUUUACAAAGCCAUGAUGGAAUUGGAACAGAUUAUUGUGAAUGCAUUUGAAAAAGCGGAAAAACGAUUAACCCCAGCAAAACUAUUGGAAUUAUGGAUGGGCAAUGGCGAGAAAAAAUUACGACCCAUCAAUUUGAAACGAACUAGUUAUAAACGUGAACAUGCUGAAAGAUUAAUACUACAUUUAUUGGUGAAUAAUUACCUGGAUAUUAAUUAUAGUGCGUCAAGAUAUUGUAUUAUAACGUACAUUGUCGUAAGUGAUCAUUGGCCAACAUUGAAAGAUUCAUUCAAUCAAUUCAAUGCUAUACAACAACAACAACAACAACAAACAAAUGAUGAUGACAAUCAAACGCAAACAAAACGUUUGAAAACUAUUAUUACCAUUGAAUAAUUCAAUUUGGAUUAUAUCAAAUUAUGGCUUUAAUUAAUAGGAACUUUAUUGUAAAAGCUGAAAAAUUGCAUGAAAUGAAUAUAUUAUUGUUUAGGUAAAAUUUUUAAUUGUAAUAAAUUUUAUAAAUUAAAAA